AAUCCACGACCAUGUCCCACAUUAUCUCCUCCCUUAUUCAGCAGCCAUGAGUACUAUCUUCAAUCUCUCAUGGCCAUUCUUCUCUCUCUUUCUCUCACUUCCAUCCACCCACCGAACCCCAAACUCAACACUUUCUUCACAACCACCACCACCUCUCAAAACACAAACUUUACUAAGAGACACUUGAUUCUCAAAACUACUUCACUUUGUUUCAUUUCAUUGGCCACACGACACCCACUUCCACAUUCUUUAGCUGAGUCUUCGCCUCCUUCAAAAACUGUCUUUUCUGGCAUUGCCAACACCAAGUCUUGGUUCCAGUUCUAUGGUGAUGGCUUUGCUAUUAGAGUCCCUCCUGAGUUUGCAGAUGUCAUGGAGCCUGAGGAUUACAAUGCUGGGUUGUCUCUAUAUGGGGAUAAGGCAAAGCCAAAGACCUUUGCUGCACGUUUUGCUUCCACUGAUGGAUCUGAAGUCUUGAGUGUUGUGAUUCGCCCGUCCAAUCAGCUCAAGAUCACUUUCUUGGAGGCCAAAGAUAUUACCGACUUUGGUUCCUUGAAAGAGGCAGCAAAAAUCUUUGUUCCAGGAGGUUCAACUGUAUACUCUGCCCGAACAAUAAAGAUUAAAGAAGAGGAAGGCUUCAAGACUUAUUACUUCUAUGAGUUUGGCAGGGACAAACAACAUGUAGCUCUAGUAGCUGCUGUUAAUGGUGGAAAGACAAUUAUUGCUGGAGCAACUGCUCCGGAGUCCAAGUGGGAUGAUGAUGGCAUCAAGCUACGAUCUGCAGCUAUAUCACUUACCCUUUUGUAGUCAUCCAAAGAAUUUUUUAUGUCAGAUUGUGUUCACUUUAUCAUGCUACUGAAUUGCUUUGUCAAUGCAGCGCCAGUUGCACUUCGGCUAUCUCUAAGGCAUCUUUUAGAUUAGCCACAACUAUGAAAAUCUCCGGAUCAGAUUAUCCUGCAAUCAUUCAACUUAGCUAAUGUUUAGUUUUUGUCGACCUACUUUCUGAUAGUGUCUGCUAAGCAGCUCGUAGCUUAUGGAGUUUGAACAGAACUUGAAUGAGGCUGAUUGCUAUUUGGCAUUUCAUGCCCAAAUGAUUUUGAGAAGUUCCUCAAUUUUCAAACAAUUCAUUUACUCUAAGCAUUAUGGGGUGAUUUUGAUUUAA